CCACCAAAACCAGCUUUCUCUCUUUCAGUCAUGGCGAUCAAAUCCAAGCUUCCUUUGUGUUUCUUCCUCCUCUUUUUCUUCCUUUUAUUGGCAGCAUUGUCACCGGUUUAUUCACUGAAACUGCAAAGAGAUAACAAGCAAAAAGAAGGCAGCCGAGAGGAGGAGCAGCAGCAGGAGGAGCGACAUAAGAGUAACCCCUACUUCUUCGAUGAACAGAGAUUCAGCUCCCGGUUCAAGUCCGAAAAAGGCCACCUUAAGAUUCUCGAGAGGUUCUCUACCAGGUCAGAUCUUCUGAGUGGUUUAGAUAACUACCGCUUGGCCAUCCUGAAGGUCGAACCUAACACUUUCCUGAUCCCCCACCACUGGGAUGCAGAUGCUGUUGUCGUCGUUGUUAAGGGAAAGGCAACGAUCAAUUUGGUGCACAAUGAUAACAGGGAAUCCUAUAAUCUUGAGUGUGGAGAUGUAGCUAGGAUUCCUGCUGGAACGAUGGUCUACUUGAUGAACAGAGACGACAACGAAAACCUUCAGAUAGUCACACUCUUCAGGACCAUCUCAACUCCUGGCUACGUCUCGGAAUUCUUCAGCGCCAGCAGCGAAGAUGGGGAAUCAUUCUACACUGCAUUUAGUAAUGAAAUCUUGGAAGCCGCUCUAAAUACUCCAAAAGACAAACUAAAGAGGAUGUUGGAAGAGAAAAGGAAGGGAGUGAUGAGGGAGGCGUCAAAGGAACAGAUUAAGGCUAUGAGCGAGCAGGCUUCUUCAUCAUCAGAGGGUGGGCGUCGGUGGAGUAUACACAAAAGUGAGACGAGGGGCCCGUUCAACCUGUUUAAAAAACGCCCCAUCUAUUCUAACAGCUAUGGACAAAUCUACGAGGCCCAACCUAAUGACUACCAGCAGCUCAAAGACCUCGACGUCUCCGUCAUAUUUAGCAACAUCAGCCAGGGAGCAAUGCUAGCACCCUUGUACAACACGAGGUCGACCAGGAUAGCUUUUGUAGUGAAAGGGAAUGGAUGGUGGGAGAUGGCGUGCCCACACAUCUCCAGUCAGAGCCAGAGAGGAAGAGAAGGAGAAGGUGAUGGGGUACAGUAUGAGAAGGCUAGUUCACCUGUGUCUCCAAAUACAGGUUUCAUAAUUCCACUGGGGCAUGUGUUCACCGUCGUUGCUUCCGAAAAAGAGAAUUUGCAGAUAAUUGUAUUCGGGAUAAACGCCCAGGAUAACAAGAGGAACUUCGUCGCUGGGAAAGAACACAACGUGAUGAAGCAGAUGGACAAGGAGGCAAAGGAGCUGGCUUUCGACAUGUCAGAAGAGGAAGUGGAUGAAAUACUACUGAACAAUCAGGAGGAGUCGUUCUUUGUUCCUGGUCCCCAGAAGCAGAAGCAGAAGCAGCGCCACAAACACGAUAAUGGCGGACGACUGUUCUCCGUCUUGGAUUCUGUCGGUUUUUAGAUAAAUACACCUAUUACUACUACUGCUAUUACUAUUUUCUACGUACUAGAGUCUGGCGAGAGUGAGUAAACAUCAACUGUGAACUUUUUUGUAGAAAGAAAACAAAUGAGAGUUGUGUUUUCUUAGUUUUGCUCACCAUCUAUGUAUAAAAUAAUAAUGAAAUGAAGGCUCUUUUUGAUAGUUAA